AUGCCAUACGCCUUAUCUGAUGCCCACAAGAAGAUGGUUUCUGCUCAUUUGAGCGAAAGUGACCCUGAGGUUGAACAAAUCAUCAAGGAUGAAAUUGAUAGACAAAAGCACUCCAUUGUUUUGAUUGCUUCGGAAAAUUUUACCUCUACUUCUGUUUUCGAUGCUUUGGGAACCCCAAUGUGUAACAAGUACUCUGAAGGUUAUCCAGGAGCUCGUUAUUACGGUGGUAACGAGCACAUCGACCGUAUGGAAUUGCUGUGUCAAAAGAGAGCGUUGAAGGCCUUCAAUCUUACCCCAGAUAGAUGGGGCGUGAAUGUUCAAACUUUAUCCGGUUCCCCAGCCAAUUUACAAGUUUACCAAGCCUUAAUGAAACCACAUGAAAGAUUGAUGGGGCUCUACUUGCCAGAUGGUGGUCAUUUAUCCCAUGGUUACGCUACUGAGAACAGAAAAAUCUCCGCAGUUUCCACGUACUUUGAGUCGUUUCCAUAUAGAGUUGACCCAGCUACUGGUAUCAUUGAUUAUGACACUUUGGAAAAGAACGCUUUGUUGUACAGACCAAAAAUCUUGGUUGCUGGUACUUCUGCUUACUGUCGUUUGAUAGAUUACAAGAGAAUGAGAGAAAUUGCCGACAAGUGCGGUGCUUAUUUGAUGGUUGACAUGGCUCAUAUUUCUGGUUUGAUUGCCGCUGGUGUCAUCCCAUCUCCGUUCGAGUACGCUGAUAUUGUUACUACCACCACACACAAAUCUUUAAGAGGUCCAAGAGGUGCUAUGAUCUUUUUCAGAAGAGGUGUUAGAAACGUCAAUCCAAAGACAGGUAAAGAAGUCAUCUACGAUUUGGAAAACCCUAUCAACUUUUCUGUUUUCCCAGGUCAUCAAGGUGGCCCACAUAACCACACUAUCUCAGCUUUAGCAACCGCUUUGAAACAAGCCAACACGCCAGAAUUCAAAGAAUAUCAACAGCAAGUUUUAGAAAAUGCAAAGGCUUUGGAAGAAGAAUUCAAAAAAUUGGGUUACAGACUAGUUUCUGAUGGUACUGAUUCUCACAUGGUCCUUGUGUCAUUGAGGGAACAAGGUGUUGAUGGUGCUCGUGUUGAAUACGUUUGCGAAAAUAUCAAUAUCGCUUUAAACAAAAACUCUAUUCCAGGCGAUAAAUCUGCUUUGGUCCCGGGUGGUGUUCGUAUUGGUGCCCCAGCUAUGUCUACUAGAGGUAUGGGAGCAGAAGAUUUCCACAGAAUUGUUCAAUACAUUGAUAAGGCCGUUAAGUACGCUGGUGCCACUCAAAAAUCAUUACCAAAGGAGGCAAACAGAUUGAAGGACUUUAAAGCCAAGAUUGAUGAAGGUUCUGAAGAGUUGACAAACUUGAAGCAAGAAAUUUACAACUGGGCUGGUGAAUUCCCAUUACCAGUGUAA